CUGCACACGCGCGUUUGUCCACCGACGCGUCACUGCGCAUUCAACAUGGACCCGACGGUGAAGCGGUAGCGACGGACGCCUCUAUGCGUAGAUUCGCUAAUUACGACGCUUCAUUAUCCAGAAGAAAACACUCCGGUUGACCGGAGGACACCUAAAAUGCACAGCUCCCAAAAUCUGCCGCCUGUCCUUGGAUAAGUGAUUGAUGAGAUACCGGCCAUGGCUGGAUUGAUCAAGAAACAGAUCCUGAAACAUCUCUCCAGGUUUGCUAAGAAUCUCUCCCCAGAUAAGAUUAAUCUGAGCACUCUGAAAGGGGAGGGCCAGCUUACCAACCUGGAGCUGGAUGAGGAGGUUUUGCAGAACAUGUUGGAUCUGCCCACCUGGCUCGCCAUUAAUAAAGUCUGCUGCAACAAGGCCGCCAUCCGGAUCCCAUGGACCAAGCUGAAGACUCAUCCAAUUACUCUGUCUUUGGAUAAAGUCGUCAUGGAGAUGAGCACCUGUGACGAGCCUCGCCCUCCCAACGGCCCAUCACCCAUUGCAACAGCCUCAGGUCAAAGUGAAUAUGGUUUUGCGGAGAAGGUUGUGGAGGGCAUCUCUCUCUCUGUGAAUUCCAUAGUGAUCCGUAUCAGCGCCAAAGCAUUUAACGCCUCCUUUGAGCUCUCGCAGCUCCAGGUCUACAGUGUUAACACCAGCUGGGCCACUGGUGACCUCCGAUACACGCGCAUCCUGGACCCCACACGUGGAGAGAUCCUAACAUUUAAGGAAGUGAGCUGGCAGAUGAUCAGGAUUGAAGCGGACGCCAUCCAGAACACAGAACAUGAGGUCGUCAGAGCCCCCAUACGACUCAUCACCAACCAAUCAAAGAUCAGAGUCACUUUGAAGAGGAGGAUGAAAGACUGUAAUGUUAUUGCAUCAAAGCUGAUUCUGAUCCUGGACGACCUGCUGUGGGUGCUGACGGACUCUCAGCUCAAAGCCAUGGUGCAGUAUGCGAAGUCUCUUAGUGAAGCCAUGGAAAAAUCAGCCGCGCAGAGGAAGAGCAUGCCCCCCGAUACAACACAGGUAACACCGGCACCUCCUUCAGCCCAGCAGGUGCGCACACAGCAGGCUUCAGCCGCAGCAGAUCAGAGUGCUUCCAUGGCACGGCUCUUUAACGACUAUGAUGUUCGUGAGACCUCACACCACCUCCAGAUCACACAUCUCGACCUGCAUAUCUGCGACGACACCAAUGCCAAGGACAGAGGAAUAAAUAAGAGAAUAGAUAGUGGUGCAAUGCAGUUGUCCUUCAGUUCUAUCAGCGUAGACUAUUAUCCCUUCCACAAAGCAGGUGAGAGCUCUAUGCACUGGAUGCAUUACGGCGAGGCCACAAAGUCUCGUGAGACCUGGGCUCGUUCUCUCCUGGAGGAGUUUAAGUCUAAUGUGGAAAUGCUCAAAACCGCAGUCAGUGGCCAGAGCCAGAGCUCCCCUCAGCACGGAAAGAUCACCACCAGCUCCAGCACUUCCUUCUCGCCCCCACCUGCACCAAAAACCCAACUCAUGUCCAGCUCAAUUGUGCUACGGAUGGCAGAUUUCAACAUCUAUCAGGUGUCUACAGCAGACCAGCCACGCUCAAGUCCUCAAAGCAUGAUAUCCUGCAAUAAGAAAUCCCUUUACCUCCCCCAAGAGAUGCCGGCUAUCCAUGCCGAAUUCACAGAGUACUACUUCCCAGAUGGCAAAGACUAUCCCAUCCCCUGUCCCAACUUGUACGUGCAGUUGAACGCACUACAGCUGGUGCUUGACUCUCGCAGUCUGGUUUGGCUCAAUCUGUUUGCGUUGGACCUUCGUCAGAGCUUAGAACAAUUUAUGGAGCUGUACAAACUCAAUGACUCGCAGAAACCUGACGAGCAUGUAGACAUCAGAGUGGACGGACUCAUGCUGAAGCUGGUGAUCCCUGCAGAACAGGAGAGGACUCAGCCUGACCAGCCCCGCUCAGUGUCAGUACAGACCUCAGAGAUGGUAGCCACUAACACGCGUCACCCUUCCGGAUGUACCCGGUCCAGUCUGGAAGCCCUCUUGCAGGCCUUCCAGGAGCAACCCUUCUUCACCUCCCUCUCUGCCUCUUUUCCUCGUUCUCAAAGCUCCUUCUCUGUGCUGCAUCCUGUCUUCCAACGGCACGCUCAUGAGCAGGACACAUGCAUUCAUGAUGUGUACCGGGGCCUCGCUCCGCCAUCUCUCUCCACCAAUGCCCUCAAAACAGCAGCAGCCACCGACUUGUGGGCCGUGCACUUCUCCCAGUUCUGGGUGGACUAUGAGGGCUCACGAAGUGGGCGAGGUCGUCCGACACCUUGCGUGGACUCCUUCCCUCUGACACUUUGGGUAUGCCACCCUGCUCGAUACACUCAGCACCAGGAGAGGCUCAGAGCAGGUGUAGGGUCAGGCCUGUUGCCUCGCAGCGAGUCAGCAGAGAUAGCCAGUCGUCUACAGAGGAAGAAGCUUCUAAAGGAGUACUACAGCUCUGAUGCAUCUCCUAGCAACAUGCCAAGCAACGGCCUCCACAAACCACAGUCUCUGGAUGGCCUAUUCAGCGACUCCUCUUCGUCUCCUUCCCUUGCUUCCUCGUCCAGCGAAGUAGACUUGCAGGUGAUAGUGCACAUUAAGAAGCACCUGAGUGCUCAGGUGAGCCAUGGGCAGUAUGUGUUCCUGCUCAGACUGCAAAAUGCUGUGAAAUCUCUGCAGCGCACUUUACAGCAAGAUCUGGAGCAGUACGGCUCCAAGCGGCAGGGUCCCACGCAGCCCUUCAGUGCCUGCGUGGGCGUGCUCAUGAAAAGUGCAGAAGUUGCACUUCUCCUAAAGCCCAUUCCUCAACCAGAUUCGAACACCAGCCCCCUGGACUCAGACGUAUCCCCUUCAGAAAGCAGGGCUACUCUUGAAGCUGGGAGUGAGGAGAGCGAUGGGCACGAGAGACCCUCGGCUGCAGGAGAGGGUACUCGAAAAGUGGAUCAGCUCCUUUGUGCAGGGACACAUGCCGUCAGUGCAUCUCCUCUCCUUGCUUCCCCGUCUCCUGCUCCGAGAAAGGCGUCUGUGGAUGAGAGGAGUAGCAUGGUGUCUGGUGGAAGGGUGCUGUCUGAGGAGAAGAAGGACUUGAGAGAUGUAUCUCCCAAUGGAGAGGGCAACAGAACUGAAACCAAAGGGCAGCAGAGUGAAACCUCACAAGGUGGAACCAUGGUACUAGAUCCCAUGUCUGACAAUUCCUCCAGGGAAUGGAAUGAGAAGAGUCUGGGAGGAAGGCUACCUCAGUCCAUGUCCAGGAAAGGCAGUUUAUCAGUGGUCUCUGACCUCUUAACUUCCACGCACAACAGGUCUACCUCCUUAUAUUCCAUGUCCAACAUUGGUCGCUUGAUCCAGGGCAAGUCGCAGUCGAGUAUCUCAGUGUCCUUUAAGAACAUGAAGAAAAGCCCUUCACUACAAUCUCUGGAUGAUUUCUCCAUAGACAGUUAUUUACUAGAGGACUGUGACAGCUACAGCCUGCUGGAGAGAGAUGACAUAUCAAUGUCUGGUUACAAAGAGGUUCUAAAUGAACAGAUCUCCUCAGAAGGGACUAAUGUGACUCUCGCUCAGGAGGCAGAUGAGGCCCAGUCACCUGACGCCAUCAGCGCUGCCUCACAGAGCAUAGACGAACCCACGAAAGACCUUGUGUCGGUGCUGGUUUUGAAGAUUCACUCGGUCUGCUGUUCUCUGGAUCUGAAGGGUGAUGAUACAGCAGUCGCUCUGGAGGUAGGACGGAUCCGACCCAACCAGCUCGGCAACGUCAGUUUGCGGCAGUAUCUUAGCAACCGCAGCCUGGGUUUAGUGUCUGCAGCAUCAGUCGCUCAUAGUGGUGAAGGCUCUGGGUCGGGGUCGGAGCCCAGCGCGGUGUUAAAUCCAGAAGUGCAGGUGAGGCUGGAAAGCGGUCCGGGAGCUGCGGUUCACUCUCCUCUGGCCGAACAGAAUGGCUUCCUGCAGUGCCGCCUACAGGCCUUCAGUGCUGACUUCCUCAUGGCAUCACUGCGAAACCUUGGCCUGUUCCUGGAGGAUGACUCCGCCUCCCAGGUUCUCCCCAUGGAGAUCACCAUUAAAGAUACACACGUCAAUCUGAAGGAUGAUGGUCCCCGUGACAACGCAUCAGAGCCUGAGGCCACACCCAUCGCUGUGCAUAUUCAUAAUCUUCUUAUUCAUCGCCAAGAUGAUGGCUCAUUCAGCAUCGGAGGAGCUGAGCGUGCUGCGGACUCAAAGCUUCAGAAGGCGGGGCCUGUGAAUGACAACAGGCUCAGUUCUGUCCCUGAAGUUCCUGUGGGUGUGGCCAGUGAGCCGAAAGCCACUCAGACUGCACUUCUGUCACCCACAAGCCCCACCCCCUCAAGUAAAGAACAGCUGCUCAUGGAGGAGAAUGAAUGCUUGAAAUUGGAGCUCUCCAAAGCCAAGAUGGCGCUAGCAGAAGCCCAGAUGGAGAAAGACUCUCUCCAGCAUCAAAUGAAGUCUCUCAAACUCACCAGCAGAGGCAGCAACAGCUAGUAACAGUGCAUGUGUGUGUGCAUACAGGACUGACACUUGCCACAGGGGGGCAGCGGAGUGCUUGGAGGGGCCCGGCGCAAUAAAAAAUCCCAACUCUGCAGCCGAGAAGAGGAUGAUAUGUGUGCCGUGAUGGAGAUCUCACCUCAUUUGGAAUCCAGGCUUUGCAAUCAGUGGCAUCUGCUCAUAAAGAACAGUGUUCUUUACUCUAGUAUACACACAAAGCUUUAGCAUCAGAAAAAAAAUCAAGUGAAAAGACCCUUUGGACAGCCUGUGGAAUUUCACAGAUGUUGCUCUCUUCCUGUUUUUACUAUUUCUUUCACUUCAUUUAUUUGUGUCACAUUCUUGCUCACAUUCUCUCUCUCUCUAACCAAUUAGGAGCACAUUCCACCCUUGACCUUUAACCCCAGGACAGUCUUACACACUGAGUGUCAGGGUGUGCGAUGUUGAAUGUCAUUUCUUUGGAGGAAUGUCUUAAAAAAUUAAUUUGCACUGUUCCGGACUCUUUUGUUUAACAAUAACUAAAAAAUAAUAUUUAGUGAUUUAAUAAAUUUGUGAUUAUGUAUAGUAAUUGUGAUACACAAGAAUGUUUUGUUAAUAAGUGCGAUUGAAUUGGCGUAGGCAAAAUAUUUACAUCUUCAUUAUGUUAGCGUCUCAAACACGGGAAUAUGUUUUCGGAAUUAUGUUCACGAACACACUACAGGAUUUGCAUUGCACAACUUGAUUUCUUUUACUAUAUGGACAGAUUUAGUGUUUUGCAGUGCAACACUUUGAUAUUAGUUCAGUAUUUGCAACUACACACAUUGCCAUUCCAUGUUUGUCUUUUUAGGUGAAUGUUUGCAUUGCAACAGUCAAAAUAGGAGAUUAAUUAUUAAUUUACAGGUGUUUUUUUUUUUGUUUUUUUCUGAUAAAGUACCAUUCGGUCUGAACAUGCAAUGUUUAAUUGAUACUUUAUCACAUUGUUAAUCUAAUUACCAGCAUUUCUGCACAAAACAAAAAGUUUGUAGUUUGUAUUAGUUUUUUGUUUUCCUUAUUUAUACUUAGCCUAUUUUAUGAUGAAAUAUCAUUGCAAAGAUAUUGAAAUUAUUUCUUGGUUUUGCUUCACUCUCUCUCCUGCCCUUGGUUUCUUUCAGCUUUGUUUUACUCUCUACAGCAGCCUCUACAAGUGCCUGUGACUGCACACCUUCUCCAGAGGUUCUGCUUGAUUUUUCUCUCACAUUUUGUUCUCUAAAUUAAUGUUUUAAAGCUCUUCACAAAACAAGCUUCCAUCUGGAGAACACUUUUCAGAUGUUAGGACUUGAACAUGGAGAGCUGGAAGAAACACUUGAUUGUAGGAAACAAGAACUUUUCUUUUGUAGGCCACACCCCUAGGCCCCAAUAUGUAAUAGACACGCCCCUUAUAGAUGGAGACCCACCUCUUUAGCACAAAUGAUGAACAAUGAUGCUCAGUCAAGCAAAACUUGUAAAAUUGUUAUUUCUUGUGUCCAUCAGAGGCUGCUGAAGUACUGAGACAUCUGAAAUAAAAUGAUGAAAUCAAA